AUGGAUGUGAUUGGCACUGGCUCUAUCAGUCGUUGUCAUGGCCAUUUCUCGUUAUCGCUUUCGUUGAGCAGGCAAGGCUGCUUGUGUCUUCUGCGAUCCAUAAAAUUAAAGGCCAUGGCUACAGGGCCUGGUGCAGGUGGGCUGUCCUUAGGCAAAAAGAGGCAAUUGUGCAUCCAUGCUCUGGGCGGCUCCGGAGUUGAGAUUGAGAUCGAGGAUCAAGCAAGGCCGUCGGAUGUCACUCCGGCCAUUGCUGCGAAGAUCGGCGUUCCGAAAGGAAAGAAGCUGCGUUUGACAUCUGGCGGGAAUGUCCUGGAUGAUGCCCAGGACCUCCUGUCACAGGCGGGCCAGAAGCCGAUCUUUUAUGUGGUCCACCAAGUGGGCAUGGGGGACGCUGCCAGGGGCCUGGGACGCAAGUUAGGGAUUGAUGGUUUCGAUGGGCAAACGGAGGCUGAAGAUGCGAGCGCCAUGGAUGCAAUUACCUCGUUGACCUUUGGCCGUGACUUCAACCAGAGUCUGCAAGGCAACCUACUGCCAAGCCUUCUGCAGACAUUGACUUUUGGCUAUGCCUACAACCAGAGAGUGCAAGAUGUCACGCUGCCAAGCGGGCUGCAGACAUUGACCUUUGGCGUUAACUUCAACCAGAGUCUGCAAGGCGUCAUGCUGCCUAGCGCUCUGCGGUCAUUGACAUUUGGCACGAAGUUCGACCAGAGUCUGCAAGGCGUCACGCUGCCAAGCAGCUUGCAGACAUUGACUUUUGGUUUUGACUUCAACCAGACUUUGAAGGAUGUCAUGCUGCCAAGCAGCUUGCAGACAUUGACUUUUGGCUUUGACUUCAACCAGACUUUGAAGGAUGUCAUGCUGCCAAGCGGUCUGCAGACAUUGACUUUGGGCUUUUCCUACAACCAUAGUCUGCAAGGCGUCGCGCUGCCAAGCGGUCUGCAGACAUUGACUUUUAGUGCUGGCUUCAACCAGAGUUUGAAGGAUGUCAUGCUGCCAAGCGGUCUGCAGACAUUGACUUUUGGUGUUGACUUCAACCAGAGUCUGCAAGGCGUCACGCUGCCAAGCGGUCUGCGGACAUUAGAAUUUGGUAGUGUCUUUAACCAGAGUUUGAAGGAUGUUAUUCUGCCAAGUGGUCUGCAGACAUUGACUUUUGGCUCUGCCUACAGCCAGAGUCUGCAAGGCGUCAUGCUGCCCAGCGCUCUGCAAACAUUGACUUUUGGCACAAAGUUCAACCAGAGUCUGCAAGGCGUCACGCUACCAAGCAGUUUGCAGAUAUUGACUUUUGGUCUUGACUUCAACCAGAGUUUGAAGGAUGUCAUGCUGCCCAGCAGUCUGCAGACGUUGACCUUUGGCGACGAAUUCAACCAGAAUCUGAAAAAUGUCACGCUGCCGAGCGCUCUUCAGACGUUGACGUUUGGAAAGAACUUCAGCCAGAGUUUGGAGGGCGUCGCACUACCAAGCAGUUUGCAGACAUUGACUAUUGGCUUUGCCUUCAACCAGAGUCUUCAAGACCCGCAAGGCGUCACACUACCAAGCCCUUUGCAGACAUUGACAUUUGGUGGUGUCUUUAACCAGAGUUUGAAGGAUGUUAUUCUGCCAAGCGCUCUGCAGACGUUGACCUUUGGCUCGAAGUUCAACCAGAGUUUGCAAGGCGUCACGUUUCCAAGCACUCUGCAGACGUUGACCUUUGGCGACAGCUUCAAUCAAGGUUUGCAGGGGGUCACGCUGCCGAGCGGUCUGCAGACAUUGACUUUUGGCCUUGCCUACAACCAGAGUCUGCAAGGCGUCACGAUGCCAAGCGGUGUGCAGACAUUGACUUUUGGCUUUGCCUACAACCGGAGUCUGCAAGGCGUCACGCUGCCAAGCGCUCUGCAGACAUUGACCUUCAGCGUUAGUUUCAACCAGAGUCUGCAAGGCGUCACACUACCAAGUGCUCUGCAGACGUUGACCUUUGGUUUUCACUUCAACCAGAGUCUGCAAGGCGUCAUGCUACCAAGCAGUUUGCAGACAUUAAUUUUUGGUUGUGACUUUAACCAGAGUCUGAAAGACGUCAUGCUGCCAAGCGGUCUGCAGAUAUUGACAUUUGGCUUUGCCUACAAUCAGAGUCUGCAAAGCGUCACGCUACCGAGCGCUCUGAAGUCUUUGACCUUUGGAAGCUCGUUCAACCAGAAUCUGGAAGAUAUCAUGCUGCCAAGCAGUUUGCGCGCACUUGACUUCCGGCACUUUUGCGCUGCUGAUUCUUCAUAG